AUGCAACCCCAUGCCCUGAAUCUUAGACAUCGGUCCAGAGUGAUUCCCCAACGCCAUAAUGCUUCCAUAAAUAAUUUCGAGUUUGAUAAAGCACAGCCCUCCCUCUCAGCAUCAGGGCACUCUUCACUGUCCUCCAGUUUUCGAGAGUCUGCCUAUACUUCUACUCCUUCUCCAGCUCAGUCUUCACCUUCCUAUCGACGCGGCUCCAGCAUUUGCGCUGGAUGUGAUGGGUCUCCCCUUGCUGUCUACUUCUGGCUCUUCAACAGCAUUGAUUUCCAGGAAAUGGUAGAGGAUGAUGAGCAGCAUGGCUGCCGAGCCGAGGAAGAUCGCAAGACGGUAGAGAUCAUCGUCAGAAAUCAUCUUGGAUGUAGGGCUGCUUGCGACAAGGAAUUCGAGGAUUUGGGUAGAGUCGAAGGAGCCACGUAA